GCCACCUUUUCGGUCGGGGGAACCUUUUCGCUGACGGACUCGGAAGUGCGUGGUUACCUCGGUUUAACAUCUAAAAGUGAAACAUCAUGAACAUGUUCAGGAGAUCUUCAACACAGGUGUUCAGGCAGCUGAUUAGAAACAACACCACGGACUCCAGCCUCAUUUUGGAGAGAUCAAUCAAUCGUGUCCAACUACUGGGCCGAGUGGGCCAGGAGCCUGUGAUGAGACAAGUGGAGGGCCGCAACCCCGUCACCAUCUUCUCCAUGGCCACCAACGAAAUGUGGCGUUCAGGGGAUGGCGAGACCAGCCCAUCAGGCGACAUCAGCCAAAAGACGACGUGGCACAGAGUGUCCGUCUUCAAACCUGGUUUAAGGGAUGUAGCCUACCAGUACAUCAAAAAAGGGGCCAGGAUUCUUGUGGAAGGGAAGCUGGAUUACGGCGAGUAUGUGGACAAGAACCAAGUGAGACGCCAGGCCACGACCAUCAUCGCAGACAACAUCAUUUUCCUGAGCGACAAUGUUCGCGACAGAACAUGAAGGCCUGGUGUUUCAACACGCAGACAACGCAGUGACUGUUUUCAUGACACAAAGGUGUUGGACUGUACCGCACUCGAUUGGUGCCAAAAGUCAUCCAGUCAGUUCUCGAAGAGAAAACUGUUGUAUUCUUGUUUUUGUAGUAUCGUUUGUGUAACAGGUGUCCUUGUAAUAUAGAAAGAAACUGACAAUAAUCCAUCCUGCUUUGUUAAGAGACCUGUAUGUGGUAGGAUUAAAAGCUAUUUUUGAAACAUUUGAAGCGCACAUUUGCAUUCUUUUGUUCCUGCUUCAUUUUUCACUUGUAAGCAGAUUGCGUGUUGCUUUUCUUUGCUACAAAGUUUACUGGUUUCACCAUUUGCUAUGAAAGAUGUAAAUAAACUAGAAUUU